GAAUAUCACCAAAAAUCACUAACCCACACUCGACAAGAGGAGAGGCGGCAUCCCGAGCCAAGACAUACACAAGUGCAAAAUGGAGUAACGCUGGAGACAGUAGUCUGGACUUCCACUGAAUGUAAUAACACAUUCAAUCAGACAUCGCUUGGUCGCAUUUGAUAUCAGUGUAACCCAAAGAGAAGUCUCGGUCCUUUUUGUUCCUGCUGUGAAGCUAGCUGCGCAAAAACAGGAGAAACAGGAGAAUCAGUGAAGAAUGGAGCCAUCAGAGCAGUCAGGUCCAGACUCUGCCUCCCAGGAUGUGAACCCUGUGUUUCUGCAGCAACUCAGAGAGCUGGACAUCCCUGAGGAGGCAGCCAAACAGGCACUUCUGCACACUCGGAAUGUGUCGGCUGAGGAGGCGGCCAUGUACUACUACAACAAGCUGGAGAAUGAGGAAGAGGGAGACGAUGACCUCAUGUUCAAGAUGGUGUUUGUGGUGAACAUGGACCUUGCCAUGGGUGUUGGAAAGGUGGCAGCCCAGGUCGGCCAUGCUGCUGUGGGUUUGUACCAGGCUCUACAGGAGAAGAACAGCUGGAGGGAGAUGGCCUGGAAGUGGGACCACAGUGGAGCUAAGAAGGUGGUGGUCCAGGGCACCAAUGUGGCACAUCUACUGGAGCUACAGGCCCUGGCCAUGAGCCUGAACCUGCCUACCUACCUGGUCCAGGAUGCAGGGAUGACCCAGGUGGAGUCCGGGUCCCGCACGGUCCUGGCCAUAAUGGGUGAGGAGGACAUGGUGAACAAUGUCACUGGGAGCCUGAAGCUGCUCUGAGGGGUCUCAAAUCCACAAUGGGGAAGGCAUGACCCUGCAGUGCAACCGCGCAACCAGCAGGGGGCAGCAUUACCCAGCAGCACAGAGAGUCUCGGCAUGCAAGAGUGUUACAACCUUAAAAGAGAACUGAGGGAGAGAGGGAAUGUCCCAACACCAGAAAACAAACACUCUCAGCCAUUUGUUUCCCUUUCAUUCUUUGUCUGAGCCGCUUAGUCUGCGGUUGAGAGCAGGAGGGGAGAGACACACCAGUUCUUCACAGGGGAACAAGAUGAUGGCAGUCUCUUUCUAGUGACCUUUUUCUUUUUUUAUCCAGGUCACCUACUUAACAGAGUCUUAAUAGAAUCUUAAUCCGUUUUCAAACCCAUCUUGUGUUUUGUCGAAGUUCAGUUAUGGCAAGUCAAAUUAAGUAUUUCGUUGAAUGACCAAUAUUGUAAUGAUGCUUAUUCAACAGGCGGUGUACUGUAGCCUAACACAUAUUGUUAUAAUAAUAAUUAUAAUAAGCACAUUUAGAGUUUUCUUGUUCCAUCCACUACUCUUACGUGAAGGGUAACUUAUUAACUGAUCAUAUGUGAACACUCAUUUCUGACGUUUAAAUGACUGUGCGUGGUGUGUGCAACCUUUCCCAAAGACCCCUGUCCUAUAGACUUAAUAACAUUACUUAUUAAUGAUAAAUGGCUAUAUUUUGAAUACAUAUUCCUCUUAGGGCCAUAUACUGUAUAAUCCGUGGUGUGCCAUCCUACACAGUAUGCACAAUUACUGGACUUUAUUGUGUUGUUUUUUUUUUUCUUUACGCAGAGGGAUGAAAAAAUCCUGAGUUACAAUAUAAGGAAGUAUUGUUCCGUUUGAUGGUGGUGAAGCCAAAAUGUCAUGUAGUUUAAAUGUCUUUCCUGGCUAUAUGGACUCUGGCUUUUUGUUGUGGAAAGUUUACAAAAAUGAAGUGGUACACUUACUGUUUGAGAAGAACGCAGGUGACUGUGUGAAUGACAAUUGUUACAACAUUGGUGAUAGUUUAGCACACUAAUAAUCUUAAUACACGAAGAAUGCUGUAUGAGCUGUUGUGUGUUUCUGUUUUCACUUACAAGUAUUUGUGGGCAUGAGCUGCCACUCCCUGAAUUCUUAGUUAACUUAAUGUCAAAGAUUUAUUUGUGACAGACAUGUUUUAAUAAAAUGGCAGUGUCGUGCAUGCAAAAUGAAAUGUAUAUCAAGACUAAACAUUGGAAUCCCAAAGUCAGCUUUUCGUCACAUCCACACUUUGAUACCUCCUGUGUUAUAUAAAAAAUGUUUGAGUGCUUCAGACUAUGAGAAUAAUUAAAAUGCCUCUGGAUGAAAACAA